UCUCGAUAAUAAUCUCGAUCUGUUCGUUCGUUUCGACUCCUCCGGCGUACUAGAUUCGCCGUCCGAAUCUCUUCUCAACCGCGUCGCGGCUGUUCCACCGCUUAAUCGGCGACGAUGUCGAUGUCGAAGAGCUCCAAGAUGCUCCAGUUCAUAAACUACAGGAUGCGAGUGACGAUCCAAGACGGGAGGCAGCUCGUGGGGAAGUUCAUGGCCUUCGACCGCCACAUGAACCUCGUCCUCGGCGACUGCGAGGAGUUCCGCAAGCUCCCCCCGGGGAAAGGAAAGAAGAUCAACGAGGAGAGGGAAGAUCGCCGUACGCUGGGUUUGGUUCUGCUGAGAGGCGAAGAGGUUAUCUCCAUGACGGUGGAAGGACCGCCUCCUCCUGAAGAGUCACGUGCCAAGGCUGGAUCAGGAGUCGCUGUUGCUGGGCCUGGAUUGGGCCGUGCCGCUGGACGUGGAGUGCCGACUGGGCCGCUCGUUCAAGCUCAGCCUGGGCUUUCUGGGCCUGUUCGUGGAGUCGGUGGGCCGUCUCCGGGGAUGAUGCAGCCGCAGAUCUCUCGUCCUCCGGUGAUGCGGCCUCCGGGACAGAUGCUUCCGCCGCCGCCUGCUUUCGGUGGUCCUCCUCCUCCGAUGGGGAGAGGUGUUCCUCAAGGUCCUCCUCCGAAUUACGGUAUGAGGCCUCCGCCGCAGUUUGGUGGACCGCUGCCUCCGUAUGGGCAGAGACCGAUGGGACCUCCGCCUGGUGGGAUGAUGAGAGGUCCUCCUCCACCGCCUCAUGGGAUGCAGGGACCCCCGCCUGGGCCGCCUCGCCCUGGAAUGCAGCCUCCUCCUGGAGGGUUUGCUCCACAGCGUCCGGGGCCACCACCGCCUAAUCCACAUAAUCAGCAGCAGUGAUUAGGUUUGCCAUGAAUGAAUGUACCCUUUUUUUCUUAAGCUGAGAUUGUGAAGGCAUUGUUAAGUUUGUUUGGGUUGGACUUUACUCAGAUUUAAAGUGUCGUGCUUUUCAUGUC